UCAGACGUGGGUGAAGGGGAAUUGCGUUGUGCAUAACAACAGCAGCUUCUGAGCAACAGGUCACAAACGCCUGGAAAUAGAAAGGAACCCAUUUUAAUCAUGGCAUCAGAAGGUCAGUCUUCAAGGACGGUGCUAUCCUGGUGUUUCCUGCUCCUGUUUGCUGUCACUGGGGUGGAAGGUGAGGUGUGUAGGUGCCUGCAAGGAAAUAAUUUCAGCACGUUUAACUAUAGUCUGAAUGUUGGGAGCUGCUGCUUAAAUUUCUCUGGAUCUGUAAUUGGCACUCUACUUUGGAGUGGCUUUGCUAGAAUGAGAGAUCUGAAGAUACUGGACCUCUCUGCCUGUGGCAUCACCGAGGUCGUGGAGGCCAGUGCCUACGAGAGCCAUCUAGAGGUCCUUUAUCUGAAUCACAACCAGAUAGGCCAGCUGCCUGGAACUUUCCUGGCCAAUGCACCCAGUCUGAAGAUCCUCCAUCUGGAAAACAACAAGCUACAAACGCUGCCAGAUACAUUCUUGCAGGCUUCCACCCAACUUGAGGAGCUUCAUCUUAACUCAAAUUAUUUAUCCUUUUUGCCCGCAAGGGUCUUCAAGCUAGGGAUACAAACAAUAGAGCUCUCCAACAACACCUUGGAAUGCACGUGCAGUUUUAUUUAUGAGUUAAAAGAAGGGGUUACCAACAUAAGCUUGCUGAGCAAUCUGACAUGCACCACUCCCGGGAACCUCCAGGGCAGGAGUGUGUGGUCUUUGCAGAGGUCGGAGCUGUGCAGAUCUCACAAGCUGACAGCACUCUUCAUUCUGAUGCCCCUGAGCUUAAUCAUAGCCCUGGUGCUGUGCUGUUACUGUAGGAGGAAAAAGAGGGGCAAACAAGCCUCCUUGGACCUGGCCAAGCGUGAGAGCCAGCUGGUCACCGUAGACCGGAACGGGGUCAAGGGGCUCCUGGACCGCCACCACCAUGCACCCUGUGAGGUGGUGAUGUCCGACGUGGGGGAUAAGAACGUUCUCCUCAAGAACCAGAUCAUGUUCAGGCCCUCCGCCACCCUGCUGGGCAGCAACCGGGACCUUUACGAGGAAGUGGAGGUCAGACUGGGCACCUCAAUGGAUUCCCUGCCCCAGACAGUAGAGGAGGCCUAUCCGAACUUGACAAGCAUAGACUGCAAGGAGGAGCCAGCAGAAGAGAGCAAACUAGACGUGGAAACAGUGAGCGUCACAGAGGUCCUGAAGGAUUCGACCGAUCGGGAAAAGAUGUACCUCACCCAGUCCACAGACUACUACAAUCUGCUGCCGGACAUUGAUCUGGAUGACUCUGAUCAUUACGAAUAUGAAAGUGUGGACCUUUCCUGAAAGGAAUUUGAUAAGAAUUGAAUGAUGAUGUUGUGACUGUGGAAGCUGAAAGCUGGAUUCAAAUUAAGAAUUCAGGAGGUUUUUGUUUCAAAUCCAACUCCUUGAAAAGGAUGGAUUUAUAAAUAACCAGCUUUGAGACUCGGAUGCAUGCAAAGAACCAUUAAAGAAACAAGAUGUGGAAUCAUAAUCAUGCAAUCCUAAUCAACAGAAAAAAAAUAUCCUUUUUAAAAAUAAAGACAUUUCCCAUCCACCGGGUUGUAAGUAAGAGACACUUUGGUUUCACAAAUUCUGAUCUGGAGACAUUUUCUCAAUGCGUUCACUACGGAUGUCCAUAGCCUGCAGUGAAUUGGGUUGGAUGACAGCACCUUGUUUCCACGCCACAUAGGACAUGUUCUCUGGCUUUUUACAACAGGCAGCUGGGUCCAGUGCACUCCAAUAGGAGGUCAGGAAGCUGGAAGAUUCCAGUUUCAGAUAUCAGCAUUAGAUUGUUUUGCCCUGGGAGAAAACUACAGCUUGUGUUGUUGUCAAACCUGAUAUUUACAUACCUUCACAUAACUUAGUCAGUUAAACUGGUUUGACCAGGAGCUGAGCUUCGAAUUCAGACCUGGAAAGACCUGGAAAGGUGCUUAUGAACAUCAGUUCAGUUGAAACACUUUAUAGGAGUGCCUUAAUUACUGAAUGCUUCAACCAGAAGGUGCCUUUGGCAAUGAGUCACAUUUUAUUGUCAGAUCGCUGGUUACAGUUUAACAAGGAUCACUGUACUCUCACACAUACUGGAAAUGUGAUAUGACUAUCACAGCCAUUUGCCAACCAGUUGAUGUAGUCAGGGAAGUACUGUUUUAAAAAGGAACUAAGCAGGAGGAAUUUACAUUGAGUCGAUUUAGAUCGCUGUCUGUGUAUGUCAAACCUACCUGCAGAUACAGUGGGCCUAUUCAUGGAACUAUUUUUAGAGAUCGAUUUUAAACAUUCCUAACAUUUCAUUCAAAAUCACUAUAAAUCUGCCUCAUGUAACAUUACUGAAGUACAGGUUAUUGAACUGGGAACUCAGUGCUUCAGGAACACUGUGAAAAGCCUCUGUUGUAUAAUAAUAAUAAUAAUAAUAAUAAUAAUAAUAAUAAUAAUAUUUCAAAUCACCCAUGAAUUACAAUGUUGGAUUGUAAUUGUGACUCAAAGGCUAGGAUUAACUUCAAGGUUUCGGGUAAAAUUGUUGUUUAAGUUUAGAAUUGGAUUUAUGAGUAAAUGUUCCAAGACCAUUUGUCUCCUGACAGCAAUGUGCUCCUGGAGAGCUUAAUUUAUAUGUGUGUGUGUGUGUGUGUGCGUGUGCG